CGAACCUACUACGCAACAGGCACAACAUCCUGACUCUAGAAAGAAGAAGUCUUGUGACUGUUGUUAAAAGUAAUAUGACUUCCGAACCUCCCUGGGCACUUUUCGUGCUCGACGAAAAUAUCGACACCGAGUACCUCAACCGAAGUCUACAACUCGCCCAUGAAUGGGACAAUGCAUCAUGGGACUUGUGGGUCGCGACCGACUCAUAUGAAGACAUGCCUAAGGUGCCAGGCGAAAGAGGACCUCUACCAGAAGCCACAAAGCCACCACUUGAAGACUCGUUCAAAUCACCGUGGAUUGGCAAGACUGUUGAGGAUUGUGCCAAAUGGUUGCAGAAUGCACCAAAUAACAGCGCUGUACUAAGAGAUUAUUUUACUGCAAUGGAUCGGUAUUCUAAGCAGGAUGAUACUGUCCUUACAUGUCGUGUUUGGGUUGAAAAUGACGAGGUUAAGGUUGACUAUUACCCAUUGCCAACUGCACAUAUACAGAUGUACAUGUGGACCAACCGUUGCACGAGAUUCGACGAGGCAGGAUAUCAUUAUCAAUCCCGAGUGAAGCGGGAUGGAAAGCCGGAUCGAAGUCAAGGAGGACCAUUUGAGUAGGAACAAUUAAAUGUUUUUCUACUCUUCUGUCUAAUGUCUAUGUAUACUAGAAUUGAGGUAUAUUCGCAGAAUUUGGGUUAGGGUUAUGUAAGAUCUCUUCGAUAAUUAACUUUUUUAUUCGGUUAUUGUCGCAACACCACAGUGCUCCCGAGCGCCCGCCAAGGGAUCCCGGAGCUCGGAGUAACUGUUUUGCCGCUCUCUACAUAGUAUAUAUAGUUGCUCUACGAUCAAUUCUUCGUAGAGCAGUGAUCCAAAC